AUGUCGGAUCCAUACCAGCUCAUAUCCAAGAGCUGCUUUCACCGUCGCAUCAAUCUUGAAACCACCUAUGGCCAACUCAACAUCACUUUCGCCGAUAUUGGGUGCGAAGACGGUCCCGUUCUACUUUUCAUGCCAGGCAUGUUCGCUUCACGCUAUCAAGGUAUCCCAUUGCAUGCGAUAGCAGAACGUGCUGGUGUACGUCUGCUCGUUGUUGACCGACCGGGGAUGGGCGCAUCAACCGAUGUCCCGCUCGCCCAACGUGUUGCCGUAUGGACGGAGAUGCUGCCACAUUUCUUAGAUUAUCUCAAGAUUCCACGUGUGAGCCUUGUCUCACAUAGCGCCGGCACUAUCUACUUGCUUAAUACAUGGGCAUAUUGUCGCGAUUAUAUCAACCCGGUCAUGGCCGUAAUAGCUCCAUGGGUGGACCCAGCAUACUCGCGCGUGGCAACUAUGCAAAUAGCACAGUAUGUGCCAACGAAGGCAUUCGCCUUCUGGAAUAAAAUUCCACGCUUCUUUGUGACUCAAGCUAGCCCGGUGUUAUCAGCUAGUGGAGCCCUUAUUCGUCACAUGUCACCUUCUGGUAGGAGUGAAACCCAUGGAAUGGCUGAGGACAUCUCAUUCUUGACUGAUAAUUGGCGACGAGUCGAACAUGAAUAUGGUAUACCCCUCCUAGACCAGAAAAGGCUCGCCCAGCUUGCUAUCCGUUUUAUGCAUACUGAGAACACGGUUGGGGCCAAUAGUGAGGCUAUGCAAGUCCUACGCAAAGAUGGCGGUAAGAGCUGGGGGGUUUGCUCGGAUUAUGCGCAAUGUGCGCGAGCUCUAGCGACCCACAGAUUUACCCUUCACGCCUACUUUGCUGCAACAGACGCUUUGGUAGGCAAGCUUGGACAGAAGUAUUUCGAAGAGUGCUGGCAGGCACCUGGUGUUGAGAAGAUUGAUUUCAUCUCCAAGACAAUUCAAGGAUCUGAUCAUGAUACCGUAGCGCAGUCAGUGGAGACCUGGGAGGAUAUAUUCUCCUCUUUAAAAGUUCCACUUAGCGCGGGAAUUUCUUCAGACGCAGACCAUCAGGUAUAA